AAGCGGGCGGAGUUCCAGCUGUCGUCGUGUGCGAGAGCUUCAACAUCACACGGGCUUUUUAACGGAGCGGCUGCGGAGACCGGGGGUUUCUGGAGGUCGUCUCUGUUUGUGUUUUGUUUCCUGGGAUCAGCUGUCCGUCCACACACUCCAGACUCGGCCUGAGUGAUGGACUGAACCCGCUGAAGCGGCUAAAAACAGCUUUGUUUUGCGACUCGACUCCACUUUUUUUUGUCUUUCAGCGAGAAAAGUUAGUUUAGCUAGUUAACCUCUCUAUUCUGCAGGAAUAUAUGACUGUCUGAAGUCGUGAAUGUGACACCACGGAAUACCCCCCUUUUCCAAGGACUGACACCCACCCCCUUUUACCCCUCUUUCACCCGCUCUUUUACCCCCUCGGCUCCACCAUGGUCGUGCACGGCUGCAGCGGCACCACCACCACCAGCAGCCCGGCGCCCACCUGCGCCCGGCCGGGCAGACGCGCUCACAAGCGCCUGGACAGCGACGAGCCAGUGGCUAAGUGCCCCAGGCUGAAGCUGAACGAGGCGGCUGCGGGCGACCCCGCUGCCCUCGUGCCCUCUCCGGGAUGUCCUCCGAGCGGAGCCUCCCCGGGGUCACCCCCGGUCCCCCAGGGUCCGUCUCGAAUCGGCCGCUUCCUGCUGCUGCCCCUGGCCGAGCGGGCAGGGCUCCACAGCGCGCUGGAUACAGUGACCGGAGAGGAGCUGCUGUGCAAGGUGUUUAAUAUGGGACAGUACCAAGAGAAGAUCAGGGCCUACAGCAUGCUGCCAAGGCACAGGAACAUCGCCCAAAUCAAAGACAUUGUCCUCGGGGAGCGGAAGGCUUAUGUGUUUCAGGAAAAGGACUAUGGUGACAUGCACACCUUUUUGAAGAGCUGCAAGCGGGUGCCUGAGGAACAGGCAGCCAAGCUCUUCUAUCAGGUGGCCUCGGCUGUCUCCCACUGCCAUCAGGCUGGCAUAGUGCUGGGGGACCUCAAGCUCCGCAAGUUCGUGUUCUCAGAUGAAAAAAGGACUCAUUUGAAGCUGGAGGGUCUGGAGGACUGUCAUAUCCUGAGCGAUGAGGACGACUCAGUGUCAGACACACAUGGCUGCCCGGCGUACGUCAGUCCGGAGAUCCUGAGUGGUGGAGGGAGUUACUCAGGGAAGCAGGCAGAUGCCUGGAGCUUGGGGGUCAUGCUGUACACCAUGGUCGUGGGCCGCUACCCCUUCCAUGACCCGGACCCUGCCACUCUGUUCUCUAAAAUCCGGAGGGGUGUGUUCUGCCUACCAGAGGGCCUGUCACUCCGAGCCCGCUGCCUCAUACGUAGCCUUCUCCGGAGAGAGCCCUCAGAGAGACUGACUGCCGCUGAGGUGCUCAUCCACCCGUGGUUCCAGAGCAGCAUGCGGGACACUGAAGGCCCAGAGCAGGACGUGAGCUCUGCGGAGCAGACAGUACCUCAGGUCAAAGUAGAGCUGGAUGACCAACUCUUCUGCUGAUUAAAACCCCCACAAGCUCACAUUCGGACCAAAACUGUUUAAUGUGCCCUUCGCUGGUUCUUUUCUUUCACAGUGGGCGUAGGCAUGCAGUAGGGGUGUAAAUCUCAAUUGCAGCUAUUUAGUAAACAAUUCACUGCAUCAUGAUAAGCUAAAGAGACAAAAAAUAUUUAAAGAUAUUUAAUUCAGCCAAGACAUAAGCACAUCAUUUAUUGAAUACUAUGUUAGACUUGAUUAUAAAGGCCAUAGCAUCGCAUAGCAUAGCAUAACAAAUAUUCCAUAACAAAUAUUCUAAUGUUUGCAGCUGGCUUUAUACUAUUCCAGAAUAGAACUGACAAAUCAAAUCAAUCAGUGUGAAUGGAAGAGAACAUUGGAGGACAGUAUUGAUAGUGAUGUCAGAUUACUGCAGAACAGUAAAUGGGAGAAUGUUCUAGAACAGUGUGAAUGGAGGAAGCAUCCUAGAACAGUGUGAAUCGGGGGAUGCGUCAUAGAACAGUGUGAAUGGGGGAAGUGUUCCAGAAAAGUGUGAAUGAUAGAACUCUAGAAUAGUGUUGGAGGGCAUUCUGGAACACUUUGAAUGGGAGGAGCUUUCUAGAACACUCGAAAUAUGGGAAGAAUAUUCUAGAUCAAUGUGAAUCGGGGGAGCAUUCUAGAACAACCAAUGGGGGGGACACUAUAGGACUGUCUAAACAAAGAAGGGCAUUCAAGAACAUUGUAGAACAUUGUAAUAGACAGAAAAAUCUCUACAACAGUGCAAAUUAGGGAGAAAAAAAUUAAAGGAGAGCAUUCUAGAAUAGUGUUAAUGAAGAACUGUGUGAAUAAAGAAAGGACACUUGAAUUCACUGAAUUUGGGGAACAUUCUAGAACAGUGUAACAUAGGAAGCAAAUUCUACAACAGUUUGAAUGAAGGUCAGCAUAGAAACAGAAAAACUGUAGAACAGUGUGUGUGGAGAGUAUAAUACAGUGUGAAUUUGGGGACCAUUAAAAAAAACUGUGUGAAUUAAGCUGGGCAUUUUUAAACUAAUGUUUAUAAAAAAAAAGGUUAUAAAUGUUCUACAGCCUCACAUCACUCACAUUUAGGGAUGUAGCGUGAGAGUAAUACAUUCCAAUUCGAUGCAGUUGAAUUGUCACCUUCCGAUGCAAGUUUACACCCCUAGCAUGCACUUGUUCACACCCUCAAAAGUACUGUAUGGUCUGUGUUGGGUUAAGAGCCAUGGCGCUCAGUGGCCGGCUUGUACUGAAGUCAAUUUGGUGCUAGCGACCUGUUUUCUCAUGCUGUAUGAAGUAAACACUGAAGCAGGGUACACAGGGAUGAGAAAGCAAGGCAGUCUUCAAGAUGACAAAGCCUCAGCCAAGUCCUGAGGACUCCAAACACAUUAGCUAAAGAGGGGGGAAGGGACAUGGCGCUGAACUCUAGCUCUGCUCACACUCUCCAAACCAGAGGCACCCACUGACUCACUCACUCACUGACUGACUGCAACAGCACCAGAGGGGCAUGUCUCAUUUUAAAGAGGUUGAUGGACUCAGAAAUGUACACAUUUACACGCAGCAUUUACACUGAUCUAAAUCGGGGUGACUGUAUGGCCUCGUAACUCUCCAUAAGGUGCCAAAGAGUACUGGGGAGAUGAUAAUAUGUGGCCAGUCUCUGACCUCUGAGGCUUUAGGGUCCUUGAAUUCUGCCCUUAAAGCCCUGGGUUGACUACUUUAACUACUAUUAUCGGAUUAAGAUAAAAAGGUUUUCAUUUCAGAGUGAGGAAUGGUAAUUAAAUGCAGCCAAGUAAGUUUGUGUACACUGCACAGUUUGCGUCAUGCCUAUUUAAAUGGAUAUUGAAGCUUUCUAUUGUUUAAAACUAGCUUAAGUCAUGAUGUCAGUAGACCUCGUGCCCUUUUCUUACUGGUUCGCUUACUGGUCCUGUUUGUGCAGUGUUUCUUUACUUGAAUCCUGUGAAGUUUUUAUAAGACUCUGUUUCUUUAGCACGACAGGCUAAGCCAGAUGUAGUUGUGAGUAAGAUAUGACUCAGUAGAGGAGUGGAUCAGGCUGAGAUUAUUCUGUAUGAAUGUAUGUGGUUUUUUUUUUAUUAUUUUUUUUUAUUUACUUUCGCUCCACUCACUGUAAGCCAGCCACAGCGAGAAAAAAAAAAACUCACAGCCGCUUUGCCGAAACAGUGGAGUCGUGUUUUUUUUGUUGUUGUUGUUUUUAGAGGCUCUAGCAUUGCCUCUCUUCUGUUCUGAGAAGUUGUACUGUAUGUUACCUCCAAGGCGAAGAACCAGGGCAGUAAAAAUGCCUAUAAUAUGAGGUUGGUUGACCAGCAUAAACGUCUAGCUCAUGCAUGCAGCACACUGCGAAUGCUGACACGGGUGCGCAAAGUUCAUAUUGCACUGUGAAUUAUGUAUUUGUGACACAACCUCAAGGCUAGACCAAGAGCGUCUAACAGAAAAAAUAUUAAUUGUAAAAUAAAAACCUUGUAAAUAUGUACAUUCUAAUUGUGUGAACAGAUUGAAUAAAGAUCAUCUUUUUCCAUAUUUAA